AUGUCUUCAUCCUUUAAUUUAUUAUUUUUGGUGUUCGUUUUCACCUUUAUGAUUGCUUUAGCAAAACCUACACCAAUUAAAGAUGUCCCAUCAUUCACAGGAUCAUCGUCUGUUGAUUCCAAAGAAGAAAUUUCAACAACUUUUGAAACAAAUGAAAGAUUUAUUAUUCCUUUUAAACGAACAACUUCAGUUCAGGUGGUUGAAGCAAAAGUUGUUCCGGUUGAUAUUAAUGACAAUGAAAUUGAUGAUUACUUGGAUAAUUAUGAUGAAGCUCUCGUAACUGUUAAAAUAGAUUCUUCUAUAGAUUCAGUUCAAGCUAUAGACAAUUUGGUAAUUAAUCGUAUAAUGACAUCUAUAACUGCUAUGGAAGUGGACGGCGUACAUGUUGUACAAAUAAAAGUAAUCGAAAAAAUAUUGGAAAUAGAACCCACCCCCUCCAACGAAUCUAGCAACAAUCAUCAACUCAUCAAGCAAUAUCGUCAUCGUUAUCGUUCACCUUGUAAAAGUAGAUUUGCUCAAUUAAAAGGUCGUCUACAUCACUGGUGGCGUUGUUCUUCAAGAUACACAAGAAUUUUAUUGACCUCGUUCUUGCUCACUUUUAUAUUCUCUAUAUUCUUUAUAAUUUCUCAUUCAAUAUCAAAACAAAAAUAUCUCACAGCCAAUGCUUAUAAACAUCCCAUACCAAAUUAUUUCCACGAUGAUAAGGAAAAUACUAAAUCUUUUGAAAGAGUUAUUUUCAUAGCUGACGAAGAAAAAAAAGCCCUCAUGGAAGAGUAUAAAUAA